CCUCCUUUCACCCGCAGCCCCCACCAAAGUUGGGUCCCCAUGGCCACUCUGGGGCGCGUUGGGUAGAUAGUGCCACCGCCUGCUUUCUGCCCGCCUCCGCUCCUGACGGGGACCCCCAACUUCGGUCCCCCCGAUAGCUCCUGGGAGAAAGUUCCCGGAGCCACUUCCGGGAGGGAGGCGCCACCUGUCUGGGGCGCGCCCUGUCGCUGGACUUCUCCAAGUCAGUGUCUCUGGCCACUUGGCAGGGACCCGGGUACCACCACCGUCAGCCAGGAUCCUUACGCCCGAGACCGCGUCUUUUAAACUGCGCAGCGGACAGUCCUGAGAUAGGAGGCGCCCACCCAGGACUUAAGGAAAGAAGAUCUGGGCCUGGCACGCUGAGUCUACAGAGCAUUUCACAGUAAUGAAUCAGUGCAUUUACAGAGGAAUGGAAGAGCACAAGGAAAGACCCAAGCGGCCGAGGCAGAACAACUUCUCCAUGUUUCCCUCUCCCAAAGCCUGGACUUUUAGAGGGCGGAAACGGAAGCAGAGUGCCCAGGAUGAAGAUGCCGUCAGCCUGUGCAGUCUUGACAUAAGUGAACCUAGUAACAAAAGGGUCAAACCCCUUUCCAGAGUCACAUCACUAGCAAACCUCAUCCCACCUGUGAAGACCACACCGUUAAAGCGCUUCAGCCAAACCUUGCAGCGGUCCAUCAGCUUCCGCAGCGAGAGCCGCCCCGACAUCCUCGCCCCCCGAGCCUGGUCCAGAAAUGCCACUUCUUCAAGCACAAAGCGGAGAGACAGCAAACUGUGGAGUGAGACCUUUGAUGUGUGUGUCAAUCAGGUGCUCACAGCCAAGGAGAUCAAGAGACAGGAGGCGAUCUUUGAGCUUUCUCAAGGUGAAGAAGACUUGAUAGAGGACUUGAAAUUAGCAAAAAAGGCCUACCAUGACCCCAUGCUGAAACUCUCGAUAAUGACAGAACAAGAAUUGAAUCAGAUUUUUGGGACACUGGACUCUCUAAUUCCUCUCCAUGAAGAGCUCCUUAGUCAGCUUCGAGAUGUUCGGAAGCCAGAUGGCUCAACUGAGCACGUUGGUCCCAUCCUCGUGGGCUGGCUGCCUUGUCUCAGCUCCUAUGACAGCUACUGCAGCAAUCAAGUUGCUGCCAAAGCCCUGUUGGAUCACAAAAAACAGGACCACAGAGUGCAGGAUUUCCUCCAGCGCUGUUUAGAGUCGCCCUUCAGCCGCAAACUCGAUCUCUGGAAUUUCCUUGACAUUCCCCGGAGCCGGCUAGUGAAGUAUCCUCUGCUCCUUCGAGAAAUCCUGAGGCACACGCCAAAUGAUAAUCCAGACCAGCAGCACCUGGAAGAAGCUAUAAAUAUCAUUCAGGGAAUUGUGGCAGAAAUCAACACCAAGACUGGGGAAUCGGAAUGCCGUUAUUACAAAGAACGGCUUCUUUACUUGGAAGAAGGCCAGAAAGAUUCCCUGAUUGACAGCUCAAGGGUCCUGUGUUGUCAUGGAGAGCUGAAAAAUAACCGGGGUGUGAAACUCCAUGUUUUCUUGUUCCAAGAAGUGCUGGUGAUCACCCGAGCUGUCACUCAAAACGAGCAGCUCUGCUAUCAGUUGUACCGGCAGCCCAUCCCUGUGAAGGACCUCAUGCUGGAAGACCUGCAGGAUGGAGAAGUUCGGCUGGGUGGCUCCCUGCGCGGCGCCUUCAGCAACAAUGAGAGAAUUAAAAACUUCUUCAGAGUCAGUUUCAAAAAUGGAUCCCAAAGUCAGACCCACUCGCUACAAGCCAACGACACCUUCAACAAACAGCAGUGGCUCAACUGUAUCCGUCAGGCAAAAGAAACAGUUCUGUCUGCUGCCGGGCAGGCUGGCUUGCUUGACUCCGAGGGACUGGCCCAGAGUCCUGGCACUGAGAACAGGGAGCCACAGGGAGAAACCAAACUUGAGCAGAUGGACCAAUCGGACAGUGAGUCCGACUGCAGUAUGGACACCAGCGAGGUCAGCCUUGAGUGUGAGCGGAUGGAACAGACAGACGCUUCCUGUGCAAACAGUAGGCCGGAGGAGAGCGUCUGACAGAAGACUGUGACCCUGCUAGCCGCAGGCCCGUUCCUUACCUGUACAGUGUUCGCAUUCCACACAUGAACGGUUUGGAGAGGCAUUUUGUAAUACUCCUGUGCCUGUGUUGGCCUAGUCUCCUCUCUGUUCCUUGUCCCUAGUACUGUAACUGCCGCCCAGUCUGUGUCAGCCUGCAGCAGCCCUUACCCCGUUGCUGUAUCUCACAAGCAUCUGGAUGAGUGGGGAGGAACUGACUGUGUUACUCUGAAUUGUCCUACUUUCAAAACAGAAAGGGUCUCUAAACUACUGUUCUGCGUGGACUGGGUUGACAAAGCCUUUGUCCCAUGCUUCUCUAGUGUUCCUCUAGCUCUGAUAUAGUAGCUGUAAGUCCUGGCAUUGAGAGAGCUUUGCAGAGAACUGAGAUGGCAUUUGAAGGGAAGGCAGAAAGUCUAAUUAAUUAACCCUUGGAGUGAACUCGGGUUCGGUGUUAUUCAACCCGAAAACAUGAAAACAUCCCUGAGGGUUUCCGAGGUUUAAUUUUGCAAAGGAGGAAGCCUUGCUUUGAAGCCUGUGGUUUCAUCCAGUGCAAGUUGAAUGUAACAGUCUAUGAAGACCUGAAACAGAGGUGGCUUUAGAGAGGGCCACGACAAAAGCCGCUGCCGGACAGGCCUGGUGGCACAGGCCUACAGUCCUGGCACUUGGGAGCAGAGAGGCAGGAAGAUGUGGAGUUCAAGAACAUCCUUGGCUACAGACCAAAGUUCUAGUUCAAACUGAGUUCCACAGUAAAAACUAAACAGAGCUAAAAGCACCUGCCAGCUCUGACUAUUCAGCGGGAGUGGGGGAGGUGUCUGUCAUGGCCAGUGGCUUGCCAUUAGAAGAGUCAUUUCUAGCCUACCACAUCAGAGAUUGCCAGGGGCCGGGGGAGAUCUGCUGGGGUUAUGCGACCCCGUCAACAUUAUGUUUCAUCCACCUCUUUUUUCAGCCACUCCUCUUUUUGAGUGGAGGACUGCGACUGCACCCACGAUUCUGUUUACAAACCAGAAAGAAGGACUUAGGGGUGAGAAACGUGUCACUCUCACCGAAGCCUCCUGUGGGGACCACGGGGAAUUGAAGUUACUCUGGAGGGUCUCAGGAUUUCCAGCUCUGCUUUCGGGCCCUGGUUCUUGAGCUGCAGUCAGACUGGUGGUUAAUUCCCCUUGAGGCCAGUUUCAUUAGCUCUCAUUAACUAGGAUCAGCUAGCCAAACUGGAAAGUUCUUUGUUCCAGCCUUGAUUUACAGAGCAAGGAUGGGUUAAAAAAAAAAAAAAAAAAAAAAAAAACCCUAGAGGAAAAAAAAAAAAGUUCACAAACUACACAGAACAGCUUCUUGCAAGUGUAAAUACUUAGGGGAUUUGUACAAAAUUAUACCCACACCAGCACUAGUAGUAAUGAUUCUAAAUUAUUGCCAAAAAGUUUUUUGUUGUCGUUAAUCUCUGCAUCAAGUUUACAGAAAAGAAAGCAGCAAAAUGCAAAGUUGUCCCUUUACUGUGCACACGUGUCGUGUGCACUGAAAGAAGCUGUGUGACAAGAGCAACCAAUAGAAAAACAAGGUAUAUAUGGCAUUAUUUUUCAAGACAUUAUGAUCAGUUCUACCCUGUAAAGCAUAUUUCUGUAUUUAUAGAUUUUAACCAUGGUGAAUUUUUUUUUCUAUUACAAGUUUAUUUAAAACCAUUGUUUCUCAAGUAGCUGAUUUAUCGAAUAAACCUGUGCCAGGCAGACACAGUGGGAAGCUGAGACAGGACACUGGAUGACGGAGAAGAGCCUGAACUGUUCUCUGUAGAGCCGCUGGCCACUGUGGCCAGUGAGUUAAGAACAGGCCUGCCAGCCUGAGGAAAGAGAGUGGACGGAUGUUUUGGUGAAAUGAAUACUUUUGUAUAAUGGCCUUAAACUUUUCUGGAAGCAUUUCAAAUAAAUUGCAUUCAAAAUA